GGAAGGUACGAACGCGUCGCUCCUUUGCAACAUUUGAUACACCAACUUCAAGCUUUUCCAGAGUCGCGGUCCGCGGAAGGUCCACAGAAUACUCUUUUCGUAGCCAGACAAACGGUCUGACUCCUACAGUUCCGUCCCGUUAGUCUUGUUUCAACCUCUCAAGUGACAAUUCAACAUGGCGGCGACGUCGAGCCUUCCCAUCGUGGACUUUUCCGUAUGGACUUCAGAAGGAACACCAUUAGAGCGUCUAGCAAUCGCCAAAGAACUCAUAACGGCAUGUCACGAGACCGGCUUCGUCCACAUUCGCAACCACGGAGUGUCCCCACGAACUCUAGAUAAUGCAUUUGCAUGGACGAAGGAGUUCUUCGACAUGUCGCAUGAAAAGAAAAUGGAGGCGGAAAAACCAAAGGAAUCGAUAGCAUUUCGCGGGUACAUCCGGCAAGGUGUACAAAAAGCUGUUCAAGUAUUGGAUGGAGACAAAGAGGCAGUUCAGACCCUGCGAACAGUGCCAGAUUUCAAUGAGAAUUUCAACUAUGGGAGCGACCAAAAUGAGGAACAGCUCAAUAUCUGGCCACCAGAGUCAACACUCCCCGGAUUUAAAGACUUCGCUACCAAGUUCUACUGGGAAUGCUGGCAGACGACCCAGCUUAUCUUGCGCGCUCUCGCCAUUGGAUUGGGACUGGAUGACGAAGAAUUCUUCUUGAAGUACCAUGAUGGCCAUGGCAAUCAAAUCGCCCUGCGACAUUACAUGCCGGUCGCCGCAGUCGAGAUAGAAUCGGGACAGAAGGAGCGUCUCGGUACGCACUCUGAUUUUGGCACUGUAACCCUGUUGUUCCAGGACGACUGUGGUGGAUUGGAAGUCGAGGCGCCAAGGGAGCCGGGGAAGUUCAUUUCUGUCACCCCGAUUGAGAAUGCACUGGUGAUGAACGUUGGCGAUCUCCUGCAGCACUGGAGCAAUGAUUAUCUGAAAUCCACUUUGCAUCGCGUGCGCCUUCCACCUCUCCAGGAUCGAUAUUCGGGCGAGACAAGAAUGAUGCGCCAACGUUAUUCGAUUCCUUAUUUCGUUGCCCCCGGAUCUGACGCCAUUGUGGAGUGUAUUCUAACUUGCUGCGAUGAGAACACGCCGGCAAAGUACGCACCCCUCUCUUGGGCUGAAUGGAUGCGCAUGCGGUCAAGCACUGCCUUUGGAGCCGAGUGAUUAUUCGGUCAUAGAAGUCACACACUCCCGAAUUGCUUUUUCUUUCCUUUUUGGCGUUUUAAAAAAGUGUUUUCUCUUCAUUCACAUCAUGUUUGGCAAUCUGCGAAUCCCGUCUCGUCACAACAAGGAACGACUUGCUUUUAAGGCUACACACCUCAAAAGUUCUGAUUAAGUACUAGAUUUAAGGUUAAACUGAAAAAGAAAUGCAGUC